GGCUAAUGAAGACCUGGCUAUCUUCACACAAUUACUAGAUUUCCAUUGUCAGCCUAACAUGAAGAGUGAGUCAGCGGAAUUUUAGGUCUACUGUGACCAUACAGGUUGCCCAGGUAAGAUAAAAGCAGCUAUGUCUGAGCAGGGUAGGUGUGUCUCUGAAUGAGGACGGACUUUGUAAUGUUAAGUUGUUUAACCACUUCCUCGUACAUUUACAGGAUCCUGAUAACAUGGCUGACCACAGUGUGAUUCUUGCAGUGGUUUCCUUACUAUCUGCCUGUCAACAAGGUAAGAACAUUAUUGUAAUCUUCACUAUGAUAUAAUGGGAGAUGGCAAUGCAAUCUAAGAGUUUGUACUCACUUUUAUUACAUGGCAAUUAGUUUGUUUUUACUAACAGAUCCUGGAGGACUUUUGAAGAAAACUGUCAUAUUCUUUCAACUUUGGUUUGUAAUAAUGUGUUAUUGUAAUAUCAUGUAAUAUGAGACACACUCCCAAUAGCAGGGUUAUUCACUAACAAGUUAUCUAGAAUUCACAAUGUAACUGACAAUUUUUAGGCCAAUAUAGUCAUAUUAGGAAAACACUCCAAUUUGUUGUGAUUUUUUUUACAGAGCAAAGUUCUAACUAAUCUAGUCGAGAUGCGAAUAUAGUUUAUUUUCUAAAAAAAAAUAAUUUUGCGUUUCAUUAGCAAUUCACAAGCAGGGGCACAGCAAGGUCAUGAGGUGCCAGGUCAAAUCAUUUAUUUGCACGGAAUUUCUAGUUUGGCUAUUUUGGCCUUUUUUGCAUUCCCUUGUAAAUUCACCACAAUUCACUUUUCACUGCGUUAUACGCUAAAGUGAGAAUUGUCAGGAAUUGAUACUGACUUUAAAAUUUAAGGCCAAACUGAAAAUAUUAUAGUUGGCUAUUGCAGUUUGGCUACUUACUCAAUUCAGUGCCUUUCCCAGAGAGCCCAUGCACAAAGCCCUGGUGACUACCCCCUGUGUUCAGCAUAGCGCAAGCAAAGUUUAUGAUGUCUCUUGUCUGGUUUCCUGUCUUCAGUGUCCCCAUAAAGGGGAUACAGAAGACAAAAGAGACACUGCUGGGAGAGAGUGUUGUUUGUGGUGCUUCAUUUUCAGGGUUAGCUGCUUGUAGUAUUGUGUGCUUGUAAGAAAACUGCUUGUGGUGUUGCCUGUCUGUAAGGACACAUGUGUGGAUGGACACUGCUUGUGGUAUUGCAUGUUUGUGGUGACGCAAUGUGUGGUGGAAAACUGUGGUGUUGUGUGAGGGGAGGCUGCUUGUGGGGUUGCUUGAUUGUAAGGACACUGCUUGCGGGGUUGCAUGUGUGUGGGAACACUGCUUGUGGGACUGAGUUGUUGGUGGUGUAUUGCAUGUGUGUGGAUGGGUCUGUGUGUGGACAGUUGCUGAAGUGUGUGUGAUGGUAAAUAGAGGCUGUAGUGCGUGAAGGGGUAAACAGUGACAGUAGUGAGUGUUCAUGUGACAGGAUAGUCUGUAUAGUGUGUAGGAGAUAGAGACCAUACCUUGUGUGUUUGCAGUGGAUAGGGGCUGUAUUGUGUGUGAGUGAGCAAUGAAGGCUGUAGUGUGGUGAGAUAGGUGCUGUAGUGUACGGAGAGUAGUGGCUGGCAUGCGUGUUUGUGGGGGGAUAGGCACAGUAGGAGGUUGAGACUGUAGUGUAGGGCGGUAUAAGGGCUUUAGUGUAGGGGUGAUAGUGAUAAGGGCUGUACUGUAGAGGGAGAUAGAAUCUGUAUUGGGGGUGUAGGUGCUACAGUUUAGAGGGGGUAGCGGCUCAGAAGGUAGUUAAGUGUUUAGUAGUUACUAGCUGAGUCGAGCCCCAGGUAAGAAGUCAAAAAUUGUUGUUUUUUUUUAGGGGAAGCACACAUGGCACUAUAACUACUACAGUGUGCUGUAGUGCUUAUGGUACUGGUUGUGUUUUUUUUAAAUAGCUGAUUUAAAAAAAAAUUCCAACUCAACUAAGUAACAGCUUGGUUAUUUGUGAGUGAAUUUUACAAUGUAGUUUUUAGUUUGCAACCACAAGCUGUUUAGUGAAUAAACCUUAUAGAUUAAUAAAUCCCAUUAUGGCGUUUAUUUACUUACUUUGAGAUUUGUCCAGUGAAAUUUCAAAAUACUCCAACUCAUCUAUUUUUUCUUGUUUAUUUUGUACUAGUAAUGGCAAUUGCUUUUAGGAUUGAUACAAACUGCUUGAAUUGUUUUAUGCCAACAACUGUUCCACCAACAUUACUAACAAAAUUAAAUUCAUUUGUUAGUUUCAUGGGCCAACAUCUCUAGAAUACAAAUUAUAUCAACAGUGUAAUAUCAAACUAAUUGUAUUAAUUGUGUUUUAAAUGUAAGGCAGCACUUACUAAUUCAAGUUCCACCAGAUGUAUGAAAUCUUCAUGGCACUUAGAGGGUUAAUGUUCUGCCUAUGUUACUUAACACAGUUAUAAAAGACAGAGGGAGUGGUUGAUAAUUUGAAACAAAUCCAGAACUGAAAAUGAACAGCAUUUUAACCAGUGCCAUCUACCAACUGAAACAGGUAUUGCAGCCAGUAAGAGGUUCUGUUUUAUGGCAUGACAUAGGUUGAUUGCUCUGUAGGAUCCUUCUCAUACUGGCUUGAGGCUAGCAUGAUGUUUCUAUGUCAGAAUCCAGGGAGAAUAAUGAAUCCUCUGGAAUACACAAAAUAGUCACUAAUCUGAUCAUUUAGCACACAAGACAAGGCAUGUAACAGAUACAAUACAUGACCAAAAGAAUGUGGAUACCUCUGACUGUUGAACCGCUGACGUCAAAAUCAUUGGGAUUAAUAUUGUUUCUACUCCUCUGAGAAGGCAUUCCACUAGAUGUUAGAACGCUGCUGCAUAGUUUUGCUUCUAUUCAGCCACAAGAGAAUGAAUGGGCUCUUUUAUUCAGCAGUUUAGCUUGAUGUGCAGCUAGCACAUCAGCUCAUCCCAAAGAUGUGUAGUAGAGUUUAGAUCUGGGCUCUAUGCAGACCAAUCUAGUGUUUCUACAACAAUCUCAACAAAUCAUUUUGCAUUGCCGUUGUAUUGUGCAUUGUGGUCAUUAUUAUGGUGAAACAGGAAAAUACUUUUUCAAACCAUUAUUACAAAGGUGCAUUAUUGUCUAGACUCUAGAGCAGGGGUAGGCAACCUUCGGCACUCCAGAUGUUGUGUACUACAUCCCCCAUAAUGCUUUUACACCCAUAAUGCUGGCAAAGAACCAUGGGAGGUGUAGUCCACAAUAUCUCGAGUGCCGAAGGUUGCCUAAGACUACUCUAGAGCAUGGGUGUCCAACCUGCGGCCCGGGACCACUAGCAGUGAGGCCCGGUUGCCAUCCGUGCUGCUGGGCAGAGAAGGAGGCAGGGAGCCUGUUACAUUCAGUGCUCCUACUGCACAGCUUCCUCGCUGCCUGGCAGUGAGCUGGCCCCGGGAUAUGAUGUCAUCCCGGAUCACAGCUGUGCACAAAGGGCUGAGGCUCCAGCCCAGCAGCAACCACUGGCCACUGUGGAAAGAGGAUCCAUUCUAGCACUCCCAGAGCAAGGUAGGAAGGCUGGGUGGACCUCUUUAGUAUUAAAUGUGUGUGCAUGUGAUUUUUGCGUAUCUUUUUGUUAGUGAUUGGCUGCGUGUGUGUGGGGGGUUUGUGGAUAUGUCUGUGAUUGUGUGUGGGUCUGUGAUUGUGUGUGUGUGUAUCUGAGAUUAUGUGUGUUUCUGUGAUUAUGUGUUUGUAUGUAUAUGUGUAUAUAUAUAUAUAUAGGUCUGUGAUUUUAUGUGUGUGUGUGUGUAUCUGUGAUUGUGUGUGUAUAGAUUUAUGACUGUGUGUAUAGGUCUGUGAUUGUGUGUGUGUAUGUGUGUUGUGAUAAAGUGAAGGCAAAGAGGCCUAUAACAUUUAACCCCAGGGGGAGUUUGUGUAGUAUGUGUUGUAGGCAACACAAACCAAAGCUUAGUUAUGGGCCCGUGGGGUGGAGCAUUUGGAGACCAGGGUGGGCCAAUGCUCCACUCCGCAGUUUGCAUACAACUGGGAGAAAUAAGUUCCAGGCCAGAGUUUUGAUCUGUCUCCAACCCACUGCUCAGCUGCAGAUAAUCAGCUGCAACAGUGGGAAUAAACCCCUCCCUGCUAGGCAGGUAAAGGGAGAUUGCUGGCUUCCUCCCUGGAAGCAGGUAGGAGAGAGGCUGUUCUCUCCAGUGAGAGAGUCAAGGAGACUGAGCACUGGGAGUGCAAAAGGAAAGCAGUCAAGGCUGGCUUGGAGCACUGGGAGCACAGAAGGAAGCAGUCAAGGCUGGCUUGGAGCACUGGGAGUGCAAAAAGGAAAGCAGUUAAGGCUGGCUUGGAGCACUGGGAGUGUAGAAAGGAAAGCAACAGGCUGACCAAGCAUUGGAGUGCAGAGAGCUGACAAAGACACUAGGUUGCUGAAACCAAUAUUGAUUUGUUCUAGUUUAACCCCUGAGAGAUAGGGAACCUGAUGUUAGUAAGUGCUCAAACGAGCUAGGUUUUUUUGUUUAUAGGGAUUUGAGUUAUAUUUAUGUUUUCAUUUGCUGCUGUCUCCUGUGUGGACUUACAAAUAAAGUGCCUGGAUUAUAUGAAAAUAAAAGCACUGUGCCUGUUUACCCCAGAGGACCGUGCUAUCUGCAAACAAGGGUACACAUUGUGUAUAUCUGUGAUUAUGUGUGUUUCUGUGAUUGUGUUUGUAUGUAUAGGUCUGUGAGUGUGUAUCUGUGAUUAGGUGUGUAUAGGUCUGUGAUUUUGUGUGUAUCUGUGGUUAUGUUUGCACAUGUAUAUGCAAGUGUAUGUGUUUAGUAGAUAGAUAGCUCCUUUAAAUAUACCAAUUCCACAUAAGGAUGACAAAUAAGGGAGUUGUCUACUAUACAAUAAAAAUAUCAAAAUUAAGAAAAGGGAUUUUAAAGAUAUAUUACUUUACAUUAUCUAUUUCAGAGGUAGGCAACCAUCAGCACUCCCUACAGACAUAAUGCUGGCAAAGCAUCAAGGGAGAUAUAGCUCACAACAUCUGUAGUGCAGAAUGUUGCGUACCCUUGAUCUAUAUUAUAUAUUUGAUGUGUUACCCAAGACAAUUCCUCUGCGCGCAAUGUGGCCCAGGGAAACCAAAAGGUUGGACACUCGUGGUCUAGAGAAUAUUAGUUCCCAACCAAGACCUCAAAGCUCUCAAUGGUGUGCGAUUUGGUAUUUGGUAACACUUUGAGCUGCUGUAUGGUGUACUGUUGUUUCAUGAAGGUAAUGCACCGUCACACUAAUAAUCACCGUCAGACUACUAAUAAUCUUCCAUCCUCCAUGCUUUACAGUUGGCACUAGGAGGGCAGACAGGUAGUAUUUUCCUAGCAUCCAUCACACUGCCUGUCAUAUUACCAGCUCGAAAAGCAUGGUUAAUAUAUAGUGCUUCGGACUGAGUCCAGUGUAUUUAGCAGUGGUGGAUGGUGACAUGUUAAGAAUUCGACGCCACACCCUCCCCCCACCUUCUGAUUUUUUUGUACUCAUAUGAAAUAUUAAUAUAAUUUAAAAAAACAACCUAUUAUUUUAUAGUCUAAAGCGGUUCUUUCACUUUAAACUUACCAUUCCUCAGGCGAUACUUGUCUCUCUGUCUCUAAAUCCAUUCUUCUUUUCUGUUUUAUUUUUCUUAAAAUCACAAGUUAAAGUGGGGACUAUUUAACUUGAGAAAGGGCGCAGCGGUAGGCAUGUUCCAUUUUCUUUGUCAAGAAUAUUUUUCCCAGAAUACUUACCUGCCUGUCGUGUCCCUUAGCUCACAUCUUACGAGUCUCUGACAGUGUGCUGACAGCAGAGGGCAUGUGUGAUAUCUGGCAUGCACGGAGGAGGAAGGCAAGGGACACAACAUCACUGCCAGGGUGAGGAAGAUGACGGAAGCUGUGAAGAUCAUCCGGCGCCAAAAUAAAAGUUGAAAAGAUGUGACCCUGUGUACAAAAUUAAAUUGUCAGAGCCACUUUAACCCUGUGAGUGCUAAAAGAAAGACCUGCACAUUGCAAAGUAAUGUGAGUAGCACACCUCUGGCACUGAAAGAAUUAAAAACAUAUCAUUCUGUAUUGCUUAGUAUGCAUGAAACUUCUUAGGUUAUCGAGCUACACUACAGUCCUGAUACAACAAAUUAUGAUAUUACAAUAUACCGCACAGAAAAUUUAGAAAAAUGACUUGUGGAUACAGUACAAGACAACUUAACCUGGACACACUGGUGGAACAACCGUGGUCACAGGGGUCGCAGCGGACCACGCGGUAGAACUGCCAGGGCCGCAAUUAACAGGCCCAUCGGGUGGCCCAUGCUGUUAGGGCCACCCGAUGGAAAUGUAUUCCAGGGGGCCCGGUCAGUGCUGCACUUUAAAAGCGUGACCGGGCCCCCUCUGAUGAUGUCAGAUGCUGUGAGGAAGUGACUCCCAGCAUCCACCGGGAGCAAGCGGGAGGAGGAAGGAGAGGAGGUAGUCAGACUAGGAACUCUGACUCCCAUCAGCCUGCGCCACUGCACCCCAGGAAAAGUCACCCUCCUGCACCUAAAAGGUAGGAAACAGGAGGGUGACAAACAUUUUGCAUGUGUGUGUGUCUUUGUCUCUGUGUGUAUGUAGGUAUGUGUCUCUGUGUGUGUGUCUCUGUAUGUAUGUGUCUAUGUGUUUGUGUGUAUUUCUACAUGUAUGGGUCUCUGUAUAUAUGUGUAUGUGUGUAUGUAUAUGUGUGUGUGUCUGUAUGUAUGUGUGUCUACAUGUGUCUGUGUGUGUGUGUGUCUGCAUGUGUGGUAUAUGUGGGGGGGCGGGGACAUAUGAGGGGAGGGGUACACGUUUGGGGGGUGGGGGGCAGGGCAAUUUUUAGCACUGGGGUCCCGUGGUUUCUAGUUAUGCCUCUGCCUGGAAACCUGGGAUAGUCUGGCAGCAUGCUUCAACAGACACACACAGUGCUGGGCCUGAGGGACACAUUUCCAGAAGGUACACCACGCCUGCAUUACCACGUAGACAAAUAAACAAUCUACCUCACAUCACACACGUGCCAUUAAAACAAAAACAUUUUGGCUCAUAUAGUGCCUUUGUAGGGAAUCAAAAGUAUAGCCACAGAGCUUCUCCUUAGGCUCAUAAUUUAAAGGGCAUGUUCCUAAACAAGAUCGUUGGAUCAGGCAGUGAUUGCUUAGGAGCAGCUCAAAUUGCUGAAAAAUAUAAUGCUGGUCAUGAUAGAAAAGUGUCAGAAUACACAGUGCAUCACAGUAUGCUGCAUAUGGGGCCAGACCAGUCAUGUCUACUGCAAUACCCUUCUCAGUGGUCUUACGUGUUCCCAGAUUGCACCGCUGCAAUCUAUAAUGAAUGCGGCGGCAAGGCUCAUUUUUCUGUCCGCUCGCACCUCCCACGCCUCCCCGCUCGGUCAGGCCCUGCAUUGGCUUCCAGUUAGAUAUAGAGCUCAAUUUAAAAUUCUGGUGCUUGCUUACAAAUCCCUACAUAAUGCUGCUCCAACCUACCUAUCCUCCCUAAUACAUAGGUAUGUGUUGUCGGGGCCCCUACGCUCUGCCAAAGACCUACGUAUAUCCUCUGUCCAUACGCCCACCUCUAAUGCUCGCCUCCAAGAUUUCUCCAGGGCUGCACCUCUUCUGUAGAACUCCCUUCCUUUCUCCAUAAGAAUUUCACCCAGUCUCCACUCAUUCAAAAAAUCAUUGAAAACUUACUUCAAGAAAUCAUAUCAAUAAAACUGUUAGCAGGUUUUUAUCCCCCAUCACUCCUCUCCUGCAACUGUCAAAUAUUACCUACUAAGCCCUCAAUGAAUACUUUUCUAACAACUUCGUACCCCUCCCUUUACCCUUUGUGUUACUAUGCCCCACUCCUUAUUCUGUAUUUUACUUAAGACAUUUGUCUGUUCAUAACAUGUCACCGUUGGAAUACUUUAAGAAACCUUGUGCAGACAGUAGCAUUAAGCCUGGACUGAUGCGUUCCCAUGGCAUAGGCGUGCAGGACAAACUCGUCCAUAACUUCAUCAGGCAUACAGGCCUCAUCGACACGUGGAGAGCACACCACCCCAGUACUGCAGACUUCACGUACCACUCGGUCCCUCACAACACCUAUUUGAGGAUUGACUACUUCCUCACGAACAGCCUCGGAAAGCAUAAAGUUCUAAAGACCGCUAUCGGGUCCAUCGCAUGGUCGGAACACUGUGAUGUAAGUAUCACCCUUGGCAAUAUAAGCGCCUCAUCCCCGUGGACGUGGAGGCUGAAUACCUCGCUCCUCAGGGACCCCACCAUACUAACAAAGCUGUCAAGGAAAUAACCAAUUACUUUCAAAUCAACAUGACCCGGGAGUGGCGGCAACCACAAUCUGAGCAGCGCACAAGGCGGUGAUCAGGGGUUUUAUAAUCAAAACGCAGACUCGCAGGAAACAACAGAAAACCAAAUUAUUGAAGUCACAACUUGAAUCACUCUGUAAAGUAAAACAACAACACAAGACAAACCCUACCCCGCGGACCCUCGCGGAACUGCAAGUUCUAUGACACUCCAUUAAAGAUACCCUCCUGGAAGACACUGCACACUCAUCGCAAUGGUCCAAACGGACAUUCUAUGAAAAAUCCAAUAAAAUGGAUACUAUACUAGCACGAACCCUAAGACCCAAGUAUCUUGCCUCUGCCCUCCAGGCUAACCCAGUUUCGUGCUGAACCUAACUCCCUUUUCCUCUUCUCUACCCUCUCUUCUUACCCUUACCCUUCUUCUGUUCUCUUACACUCCACGGACAGAUAUCUACCUGACCGGUAAAAUACUUGAGGAGUGGACAUCACAAAGGUGACAUAUGACCCCCGCUGACAGCAGGUAAACAUCUGAAGCUGGUGACAUCCGCAGACGAGACUAGAAAUAUUCAGCCACACCUAAUGUCCAACGGCCUCCAUUGGCUAGGCCCCAAGCAGGCUCGUACCCGUGACAAUAAGCUACUCAUGUUUUCCUUCAUCAUGAAUAACUAUAUACUUGCAUUGUGCACAUCGGGACCUCUGUUUCACUAAUGCUGUCAACAAUCUUACCACUAUUGUCACAUUACUGUUUUGCUUUGUUGAAUAUCACUGUACCUGGCACUGUCUACAACUCAAGCUAAAAUAAAGAAAUAAUGUAAAAGAAAAGAAACCUUGCAUUUCUAGACUCAUACAUCUUUGUACAAGCUGGCAGGAAGCAGCAGUACGUGUUGUUUUUUUUGCAGAUACCGUAUGUACUUGUUUAUAAGUCGAUCUCAUGUAUAAGUUGAGUUUAUUUUUUGACCAACAAUUGUGAAAUAUGCUAUGACUCGUGGAUAAGUCGAGGGUAUGACUUUUGAAUGGAAUUCGAAUGGAAUAGUUCCCCUUCUGUUCGGUUACCAAACAGACUGUGUGGUCCCCCUUGUUAACACUUCGUAAUCAACGACCAUCCCUGGCUGUUAACCGCAAACAAGCAUGACCUGGGUGGCAGACAUUCAUAUAUACAAACGCACGUGUUCGUCUCCCGUACGCAGGCAGCAGUACAUGGAUCUCUGAGUCGGCUACGCAAGCCCUGCUGAAACUUGGACCCCUGCCCAUUCAGCUUCCCAACCAGCUAGGAAAAUGGCGUUCGGGAGUCAACAUUGCCCCGUAUCCAGUGUACAAAAUUCUGUCUAAACUAGCACUGACCCAUGUAUAAGUUGACUCUGCAUUUUAAAAUAAAGUUUAGGACUAAAAUUUCUUGACUUAUACACAAGUAUAUACGGUAAGUCACAGUGCUGUAAGUGCAAACUGUAGUUGAAGGUCUCUGUAAUUAAAUAAUAUGCUGUUUUCAUUUUCUCACAGGAUAUUAUGCAAGGCUUGUGGGGCGAUCUAGAACGAAGCAUAAAAUCAUGCCCCCAUCAGUUACAGGGCAUCCAGAAUUCGAGAGGACAUUCCGUGCCCAGUAAGUAACAAGAUUUGACAUGUGCAACUCAGUAAUGUCUUCAAGGUUACACUCACAUUAGGUAGAAAUGAUCUGCUCCAUUUCUGUUUAACCUCUUCUAGAUCUUCUUCUAGAUCUAGAACUUCUAUUUUGCAUUCCUCUCAUCCUCUCAUUGGAUACAAAGAAGGUGUUUGAUUGCACUGAAUAAUCCUCUUUGUUUGAGUUGCAUAAUAUAUUUGCGUUUUUGUGUGUUAAUAUGCAGUGUUUGACUGUUUUUAUGUGAUACCUCAAUAAAUGACUUUGCUUCUUUUUUUACAGCACAGCCAGUAUUUCUGUAUCACUGUGUAACUUAUUAUAUUGUGUUUAAGAUUGUUACUUUCACUUGAUUGCUAGUUCAUGUACUUACUACCAUUUAUGUAAAUACCCUCUUAGUCUUGUCCCCUUAAUCUUUGCAUAAUGCCCUUAAUCAAGUCAUUCCCUUUUUGAUAUAUAUUGGAUAAGAAUGUCUAGGUAUCGGAGAUUUCAAGCAUGUUUUUCAUAAUCUCAAAUGAUUUCAUCAGAGGUGUCAUUUUCUCUUCUAGACAGAAUUGUGUAGAAUUCUAUCCGAUCUUCCUGGUUGUUCUAUGGACUGCUGGCAUAUUUUCUUAUGAAGGUAAACUAAAAUUUUUUCAGGGGAUUAUGCAAUCUUCGCUAUGGUCACCACUUUGGGAGUUUUCAUUGUUAAAAGAAAUAGUUCUGCCAUUUACUGUAUAGUGUAUGUAUAUUUGCAAGGACAUCCAAAAGUAUCUGAGAUUUGAGUAAUUAAACUCAACCCAUCCUAAUAGGCCCACUAUGGGCUCCUCCAAAACUCAGCAUCACCACCUCCUCCUCAUUCCAAUGUACCACGUCAACCACUGCCUCCCUACACAAGUUAUAUGCUCAUCUUCUAACCAUCCAGCAGCUAUCAUCACCUUCCCACCACAAUGUACCAACUUAACCCUUGCCUUCCCACACAAGUGUUGUGCUCAUAUCCUCACCAUCCCACAGCUGUUAUCACCUCCCCACCACGGUGUCAGUAACUCCCCUCCACCCUAUGAGUCCACUGGCUUCCUGUAUUGGCUGUUAAUCCAAUAUAAGAAGUAAAACAUAAUGUGAAAGAAUUUCCAACUGUGUUUGAAAAAAACAAAAACAGUAGUGGCAAUCAAGCACUUCUUCCUGUGAAGUGGCUGUUUUAUUUUCCAUAUUCCCAUUUAACACUAUGGUAUUGUUUAUGGAGGUACUAAAGAAACAGAGGUAUGUAAAAAUAAAAUAAAAAUUAAUGUACAUUCUCUGUAGAAUGCUUUAAAAAGGGUUAUAUCUACAGCAUAGUGUGUCCUUUAAAUUAUACUGAAAUCCGCUGAAGAAUACCAGCACUUUUGCAGAAAGCAUGCACGAGACAUUAUAAUAAAUCUGAUGAGUAAAAUAAGUCUUGAGCUUAUCCCCUUUGAGCACAUUGACAUCAGGAAGUUUAAAAUCUAAAUGUUUUGUACUGAUAGAAUUUAGAAUUUUGUUAACACCAUAAAAUUGUGCAUAGGGACAGGCUGAUUCAAUAGUCAUCAGAGAUAAGUGAAUAAUAUUUUGUUUUUCUUGUCUGUUUCAUUCAGAGGUUGCAGCUGUUUUUGGAUUAGUGUACAUAUUUGCUCGUCACCUGUACUUUAAAGGCUAUGUGGAUAGUGCACAGGGCAGGUAAGAAUAUAUCUAGUCUAAACUAGAACCUAUAUGAAAAAAAUGUAAUGUCUUGUAGGAACCAAGGCCCUAAUUUGAUAUUGUUGGAUAAGCUUUUAGAGGGAUUUAAUAUUUUUGGGCAAACUAAAAAAAAUAAUUCAAAAUUCAAAAUAAUAAAAUAUCAAAAAUAUAUCAUAAAUAAAAAAUAAAUAUGAAUAAAUAUGAAAAUGUUACAAUAUUAAAAUAUUUUUCAUUGUAAAGCUUUUUUGCGGAAAAGGCAAUUUUAUUUUUCUUUGAACGCUCUAAUAACAUGGAUACUUCACUUGCUCAAUGGCUCAGCAGCAAAUGCAGAGACUAUAGCAUCUAUUAGGGACUCGGAAGGUAAUUUAGUCACAUCUCCUAUGGGCGUCCAUCUAUCCAUCACAGGACUCGUUGUUUUGUGUACACUUGCAUUUUGACUCAAUAUGCUCUUGCUUCUUUGAUCCAUCCACAACAGGUUGGGGCAAGCACAUGAAAAUAUUAACUAACAUUUCCAGACCAUUUUAUUACGGCUAUUACGUCACUGUACCAGUCUUCUUGCGCCCAGAUCCUAAUCUCAAGUUCUGCCCUCUCUCCCUUCACUAUAUUUAAUGAUUUUUGAUGGAAUUGCCAUUUUCCCCUCAUUUUUUUUAUUUGAUCUUUUAUUGGAGCCUGUUACGAUUGCCCCCGGUCUAGCAGGAGGGUUGAUCGCUUGGAUGUCCUGGUUCCCGCUGCAGAGAGUCGAACGGAGGUCUUUCGGUAAUCAGCUGUAAGUGUAGAAUAUCCCCAAGCACGAUCUAAACAUCAAUAUCCCGGAUCCCUACAACAUGAGUCGAGGCUGCAAGUUGAGGGUCAAAACGAACUGGCUUUACUGGCACAUAGCAUGGCAAUUUAUGUGAUUCCUCAGGUCCAAGGACAGCCCCCUGUGGACCUGAUGGAAUACAGGUACAGUACAAACAGGUAACCAAUCACAGUAUACUGUAUCAUUUGAAGUAGUACCCGCCCAGCUUGGAGAUAAUGAGGCCAACGGUUUUACAAUCUAAUUAUCUCCAAGCGCACAAAAGACCACGUUUUAUUAUGCCCCAGAAAACUACAUAAAAAUCCAUAACUUGUACAUUAUUACAGGAAAACCAUUCAUUCCACCAUUCAUUUUAAGGCUCGCGUUCGUAUAGAUAAACCAGGCGAAUGCCGCUCUAAUCCCACGAACAGAAUGUACUGUUUCUGCCGUAUAAAGUCCGUUCGGCAUUAUGAGAUGGUUAGUCUUUGUUGGCGGCCAUGUUUUCUGCUGGUUUAGCGAGCAGCGGGACUUCGUGUCUAACUCGUGGAACUAAACUCGGUAUCAGUUCCUGCGAAGUCCCGCUGUCGGCCUGGUAGUGGGCUCGUUCGGUAAGGGAAUGAGGGCCACCUGGGAGCAGGGUACUUGACCUGUGGUUAACCGCAGAAACCACAGUUAAUGAGCGCCACGCGACCCGCUGUAGGGGGUCGUCGUUCGGUGGAUCGUUCGGUCUUUUCCCUUCGGUACUUUGGGUGCGAACGUCGAUGCCCCCAGGCAUAACGAUUACAUUGUGGUUAACCGCAAACCGCAGCCAUCUGGGUGGUUAAUGGCUACCACACUCCGCGAGCCGGGGGGGUCGCCCGUUCGGUAGUUUGCGGGGUGACGGGGUUAAGUGGCGGCACACGCCAGUUUCUGGGGGGUCCCCCGUUCGUACCACGAAUGGAGCCUCCAUAAGGGUUCGUGUAAUCCAUUCGUGUGGUUUUCUGUUUAACUUAUGCAGUGGCAAACAGUAUCAAUCAGUGAGUAAAAACAGCAACAUAGUGAUUUCCAGUCUUUUGUAACAGAGCCCCUCCUCUCCCACAUUAGACAGAGUGAGGGCAUCAGGGCCUACUCAAUGCUGGUAUGGAAUAUAGGGUUUCAGCAUAUGUGGACAACCUCAUUCUCUCUCUCUCUUGCUCGUCUAGGAAACUCCCUGCCCACCUUGUUGUCUGUCCUCUGCAACUUUUCUUCUAUAGUGGGAUAACUAAUAUUGAUUGGUUGGUGGCUCUUUCCAUUCACAUCCCACAGGACAGUUGUAAGCACCUCUAA